AACUUCUUUUUUUCUCUCCAAAAAAAAAAAAAUCAAUCUUUUUUUUGUCUACUUUUCAUUAAAAUCUCCAUAAAUUUGCUUCACUUUUUAGUUAACACAGUUAAUUAACUACACUACAAUACCCAUUUCUCCAUUUUCCCUUGUUUUGAUCCAACGGCCACGAUUCUCUGUGACUGUCAGCUUUUCUUUUUCAUUUUAUUUGUCUUCUCUACUGAAAAGCUGAAGAGGCUGAAUUCUAGCAGACUAGGCCUAUGGGGCCUAAUGGGCAUAGAAAGGGUAACAAAAGGAAUUCUAUUACCGUUCAAAAUGGUGAUAUUAGCACAUUGAAUAUCGAUGAUGAGUUGGAUCCAUGGACUGCCUGGGCGAACAAACCUCACACUAUUACUUUGUUACUUGUUGGUGCAUGUUUACUCAUUUGGGCAAGUGGAGUUCUCAAUCCACAAAACACUUCUUCCGGUGAUAUUGUGGCAUCUGUGAAAAGGGGUGUUUGGGCUAUGAUUGCGGUGUAUCUUGCUUACUCUUUGCUGCAAGUCCCCUCGACGGUGCUCAUUAGGCCACAUCCUGCCAUUUGGCGCCUGGUUCAUGGAAUGGCUGUCAUUUACCUUGUUGCUUUGACGUUUUUGCUUUUUCAGAAGCGGGAUGAUGCUCAGCAAUUUAUGAGAUAUCUGCAUCCUGAUCUUGGUAUUGAGCUACCUGAAAGAUCCUAUGGUGGUGAUUGCAGAAUCUACGUAGCUGAAAUUCCCACAAACAGGUUUAAGAAUCUUUAUGACACACUGUUUGAUGAGUUUGUUUUGGCUCAUAUCAUAGGGUGGUGGGGAAAGGCCAUCAUGAUUCGUAAUCAGCCUCUUUUGUGGGUUUUAUCCAUUGGAUUCGAGUUGAUGGAGCUUACCUUCCGCCACAUGUUACCAAACUUCAACGAGUGUUGGUGGGACAGCAUUAUUCUUGACAUAUUGAUCUGCAACUGGUUCGGUAUAUGGGCUGGAAUGCGCACUGUUCGGUAUUUUGACGGAAAAACAUAUGAGUGGGUUGGUAUAAGCAGGCAACCAAAUAUCAUGGGCAAGGUCAAGCGAACACUUGGACAAUUUACUCCAGCACAUUGGGAUAAAGAUGAAUGGCAUCCCCUUCUAGGUCCAUGGCGGUUUAUUCAAGUCCUCAGUCUCUGUGUCGUAUUCUUGACUGUGGAGUUAAAUACAUUCUUCUUAAAGUUCUGUCUUUGGAUUCCUCCAAGAAAUCCUCUUAUAGUGUAUAGGUUGGUUUUCUGGUGGUUAAUUGCGUUACCAACAAUCCGCGAGUACAAUUCUUACCUACAGGAUAGAAAACUGGUGAAAAAGGUGGGAGCAUUUUGUUGGCUUUCACUGGCGAUCUGCAUUGUUGAGCUCCUAAUCUGCAUCAAGUUUGGACAUGGAUUAUUUCCGAACCCAAUGCCGAAAUGGGUGGUUAUUUUAUGGUCAUGUAUCGGCACUGGCCUUCUGAUAUCGUUGGCUGCAUGGUCGUGGCAUUUACAUAGAACGAUGAGGAGAAAACGCGUUUGAGUUGCCCUUUGCAGUUCCUGGCCCAGUCAUUCUUUAUUCCUUUGCUUUCUGGGUAGAGUCAACCAUGUUGUAAAUACCCAUUACCUUGUAACUGUAUAUGCUUUGCUUUGCUUUGCUUUUUUAGGUUAGAUAUAUUACAGUUUAAACAUGUAGUGGGCAUCAAUUCUUUUUCAAUAGGUUAAAGGUUGUCCUUUGUUUGUUGAGCUGCAAUAUUGCUGCCUCAGUUUUCCAGGUUUAUUUCAGUUUAUACGGGGUGUUGAAAUAUUGCCAGUUCUUUCUAUGCAUUUUAUAUGGUACAAUUUUUACAACA